AUGGACACCCCCCUGCGCCCGCCGCGCCUGCGCACGGGCACGCGGUCGCAGGAGCCCGACGACGCGGCAUUAAGAGCUGCGGCGCGCGCGGCGCUGCGGGCGAAGACGAGACGAGCGACCUUUUCGACACGGAACGAGCGCCGGCCGAGCAAGCACGCCUUCGGUUCCAGUUUACCACCAGGAGCCGUGAGACGGCGGUCGCCGGUGCCGGAGCGGCGCCACUCCUACGUCGACUAUUUGAGGAACGGCACACCCGAAAAACCGCGGCCGUCACCAGUGGUGUACGAACAAGAGGAGGUGCGCGAGCCGCUCUACCUCGGUUGUAGGGUCGACGUGUUUGAUCGGAAGGGCCGACCGAGACGACUGGACUGUGGUGUCCUAAAGUUCCUGGGCCCGACGGCCUUUUCGUCCGGUCGACAGGUCUGGUGCGGCAUCGAAUUGGACCUGCCCUAUGGGACGCACGACGGCGAGGUCGAGGGGCGGCGGUACUUCGGGCCCGUUUCAUCGCGCUGCGGUUUGCUGGUGACGGCGGAGCUCUGCAAGCGCGUGCCGGGCCAGCCGUCGGCGUCGAAGGCGGCAUACUCUGACACGGAUAGCGUGCGGACGCGGUCGCCCGUACCCAUCGUUGCCGCACCUGCACCGGUCGUCGUACCACCACCACCUCCAUCGAAGCCGGUCCCCGCCGCCUGUAGAAAUGACCCAGCACUAUCGGCGUUGUUCGCCGACGAAUCCUUAGCGCGCUACUUCAAGAUGUUGAGUGUUGGCGUGCCGCGCACGGCCGUAGCCCAGAAGAUGAAAGAUGACGGUGUUGUUGCCGAUAAAUGCGCCGUCAUGGCCGGUCAAGUGAAUACCCCGGUCCCUGUCAAGGCCACGACGAAGGCGACGCCCCAACAAAAGGAGAAGGCUAGAAGCGCACCGCCACCGAGAACUGGCUUCCGGCGGCUCCACUGGAACGCGCUGGACCCCCAAAGUGCGGAGCGGUCGCUGUACGCCGCGGAGCACCUCGCGUCGCCCUUCGACAAGAGCUCGAGGGACUUCGCGCGCCUCAAGUCGGCCUUCGGCGAGCGCGCGCCCAUCGUGCAAAGCCGCCGCAGCGUCAUGACGACGGCUGUUGUCGAGAAGAAGGUCGCCCCUCCGAAGACGACGACGCUGGACGCGCGGCGCGCCAUGAACGUGGGGAUCAUGCUCGGCAAGCUCGUCGGCUCCGGGGAAGGGCGCUUCCCGUCAGCUAGGUCAUGUUGCGAGGCGCUCAUGGGCGGCGGUUUGAGUGUGGACCAGCUCGAGUUGAUCAUAGCGAUCGCGCCGACGGAUCAUGAAAGAGAAAAGCUCGUCUUCCGCCCUUCCGGAGUAUAUGAAGGCAGUACGCAAGCCGAGGCGGCGCUGGCGGAGCUGGGCGCCAUUCCCUUAUGUAGACAGCGCGCCGACGCUCUGUUAUUAUUGGAGACGGCGCUCCCGCGCCUCGCCGUCGUGUUAGUGGACGCCGCCCUGCGCUGCAAGGCCUGCCGCGCCGUCCGCAGUUCUCAAAGUCUGGCGCGCUUCCUCGCCACUUUGUUGGGCGCCGCGAACGCGACGCGUUUGAAUGAAAGUUCGGGCAUCGAGCUCGGGUCGCUGCUCGCCCUCGCGCGCACGCGCGCCGACGGCGAGGAGCGCCACCGGCGGACGCUGCUGGAUUUUGUCGUGGACGUUUUAUCAAGACGGGGCGAGCGGCGGACGGCGCUGUGCUUCGCCGGGCCCUUCGCGCGGGGCGACGUCUUGGUGGCGGCGCGGUCUCGAAGGCGGCGGCGCCUGGAAGCGUCGAAGAAGGUCACUUUGUCAGAUGACGGCGGCGAGUCGGAGCCGGAGGCGUCGUCAUCGUCUUCUGAUGAAGAUGAAGAUGAUGGUGGCCUCGCGUCGCCAUCCCAGAAGCGGCGCCACCGGAGGCAGCGGCGCGAUUUGGUGAGGGCGGCGCGGUGGCUCCCGGCGUGUUUCGGGGAGGACCCGGCCUGCGCCGAGACCGUCGUUUCAAGACGCGUCGUCCACGGCGGCCUCAAGCAGUGCGCGCACCGCGGCGAGCCCAACGAGCUCGCCGCCGUCGUGUCCACGCUGAGGAGGAGGGUUGCAGCAGCUAGGGCGGUGGCCAGAGCUGACCGCGCCUCUCAGUUCGAGGGCGAGCGCGCCGAAGCGGAAAAGGCGAUCUCAGCAGCGCGGGCGGCCGAGAAACGUAGAUUAGAUGGUGAUCGGGAGCGCGCGGCGAAGGCGGCGGCCGACGCGCGGAGGGCGUUGGACGCCGCUGGUAUGAAAGAGCGCGCGGCCAUGGCGCGCGAGGAGACGCUCGCAUCGAAGGUCCGCACGUCCCUAAAACAAGCGCGGGCGGAGAAGGCGGCCCUCGUGGCCCUGGGCGUCCUCUGCGCGGCCGCGCGCGACGCGGACGCCUACUGCGAGCGCAUGCGCACGAAGUCGCCGCCGCCGAAAGAAACGCCCCAGGACUGGGCCGCGAAGCGCAAGGCCCAGGUCGAGCGCGCUCGCAAGAUCCGGGCGGACCGGCUGGACUUUGCGCCGGCGCCGGCGCCGACCGACGUCAAACGGCCCAAGACCAAAAAGCACGGCUCCUGGCGGCCGCCGCAGCGCAUCGCGUCCGCUAUUUUAUCUUCCAAAGAGGGCACCGCGCCUUUUGGUGUGUUACGCGCGGCGCAGCAGUGGGCGUCGCACGCGCUACAGGAUCGAAACCGGCGCGCUCCUGUAACGCGACCGAGCACCAACGGCGCGUCGUGCUACGCGCCGCCGUCCGAGGACCCGCGGCUCAUGGAGCCGAGCGACCCGCGGAACCCGUUCUUUGGGCUCGUCGAGCGCGUGCUCGCGCUGGCGUCGGCGGCCGUUGCGUUCCCAAGUGCGCUUGGUUAUCUCGAGGCCCUCGCGAAGAAGCAGCCGGAGCCGCCGCCCGUGGAACGACAACUCUUCACAAAGAAGCCCCCUUCAGUAGACGGCGCGCGGGCCGGGCUGCUCGCGGCGCUGACCUCCAAGCCCGUGCUCAAGAAGAAGACAAUUGACCAGGGCCCCCUGCCGCCUCACCUGACUCCAUCAAGGCGCCGGCAAGCGGGCGAACGGUUGGACGCCGAGCUAGACGCCUUGGAGGGCGCCCUCGCCGCCGCCGAGGCGGCGAUCGCGUGCGCCCGCGCGCACGGCGACGCGCUGCGCGUGCACGUCGGCUGCGCGCCGCACGAGGACGCGGCCGAGGCGUUGGAAGUUAUGGGGCAGCUGAGCCGUUUGGUGGACGCGUCGCUCGCGCGGGCGCCGCUGGACCUGGAGACGUCCGACGAGGACGACGCGCCGCGGCUGAGAAUCGGCGCCGUCGUCUCGACGAAGUGGGGCCCGGCCGUCGUGGAAGCGCGGCGGCCCGCGGCGGACCCGGCGCAACCGCGGCGCGUCGUCUGCCGGACGUUCUGGCGCGCGCGCGUCAUCUGCGAGAAGGCCGAUAUUUGUAGGGCGCCGUGCCCCGUCGGCUCGCCGUUCGGUCCCGUGGACUUGCUGGACCGCGUCGUCAAGCGGGCGGACGGCACUUUAUUAUGUCAGGUGCGGCUGCCCGGCGCGCGCGGCGCGGUGCUGCUCCCGCCCUGUUCCGUCGUCUACGUGGCGCCCGUGGCGACGCGCGUCUGGCGCCGGCGCCGGCCCGCGGCGUCGCCGCGGAGCGGGCCGGCGACGCCGCGGUCCAACAGCGUGCCGUCACCACGCGUGCUUUCGCCGCGGAGCGGGUCGCGGAGCGGGCCGGGGACGCCGAGAUCGUUCGUCGCCUCAGAAUCGGACGACGACUCGUCCGCCGCCUCGGAGUCGUCGGACCUGUCAGACAUCGGGGCCCUCGGGAGCUUCCUUGAGAUCUGAUCUGUUUAACACUGUGUUUUGGUUUUA